GAGAAAAAUCCGUAUUAAAUAAUUCAUUUCAUUCAUUCCAUUUACGUGGAUUUAGCCGGAAGGACUUAUGAUAACUGCGUGAGAAAUCGUGACCUUUUAGGAUGCUCUUGAUGAAAAUAAAAUGAAUUAAAACGAUCGUGUAGUCGUGAGCUACGUUUCCAGUCGGGCCCAUUUCCUGGCGUACCGACAUGGCUGUAGUCCGUUCACUGAUUGGGUCUCAUUACGUUUUAUGCUAGCUGACGGAGCGAAAAGAAUACAAAUUCCAGCAAGAGCAGAUGCACGAGCAGCAAUGCUGCAUUUAAAUGCUCGCGGAAAUGCUGGAAUGACUUUUAUUAACGUCCCAUAGAUAGAGAGACGGCCCACAGCGACCAGUUCGUGAAAGCCACCCCAUGUUACUGCGCCAGCUGAGCUCCUCCGGCUCCUCCUUCCUCCCCUGCAGACGUCCUGCUCUCUGCAGAGCCGGCGUCAGGAGCAGCGGUGCCUCUUCCUCCUACCUCCCCCACAUCCCCUCCCCUCCUCCUCCAUGGUGGUUGGUGCGGGGAUUUCCUCCCUGGCCUCCUCGACUCCUCCACUCCCACCCGGCAGCUCAUCAGGUCUUCUCUGGUAGGACGUUACGCCCUCGGAGGUUCAACCCCGGUAACUUCGCCGGUAGUUGGCGUUUUUUCUACGCCUCUGCCCCACUUAGGAUGGAGCGAGCUGACAGGGAGCCUUCACACAAGUGGAGGAGGAGUACAGAGGAGAGGAGGAGAUCUGAAGAAAGGGAAAGACACAGAGGAGGAGCAGUCGGGCUGACAGGAGCUAAGGAUGGAGGCUCCAGCAGGGAGCGCGGUCACCCGUAUUCCAGCUCGGGUCACUCUCGUCCAAACCACCAGUUCAAAGAAGGACAUCGAGACCGACGGAUCAGCGAGUCUGGGGAAAGUGUCAGAAAGGACAACAGCAGAGACAGAGACGUUGGACGGACUAGAACUGAGGAUAAAGACAGACAGCGGAAAGACAGCACCGGUCGACAUGAAACCCCAAAUCGAGGGAGGAGCACAUAUGAGCAACGAGGGCAUAAAGAUUCACAUCCUGCGAGGUCUGGGACUGAAACAUCCCAGUCAAAACCUGGACAGGAUAAAGUUUUCAUACACAAACCCAACCCCUGGUUCAAAGAGAGGAGUGCACAAGGUGAGGAGGGACAUUUAAGGGACAGAGUUAGUGAUGGAGGGCAGUGGACUUGGCACCUGUCCCAGCCCUGCAGCCACACCCGCCCCUCAAAUCCCUGGCAGGUGGCUGGAGCCAGGAGGCAGCCUCCUCCACCCGGAACCUCCCCACCUGUCAGACAACCGAAGGAGGCAAAACAAGCGAAACGCCUUCAGAGACACUGGGAGAUGAGUGCCUGCAGUACUGACAUCCAGCCACCAGGUGACAGCACAGCGUUUGACUUCUCAGUGAUGUCCUACAACAUCCUGUCUCAGGAGCUCCUGGAGGACAACGCCUACCUGUACCAACACUGUCGGCCCGACGUCCUGCAGUGGAGCCACCGGCUGCCCAACCUGCUGUCUGAGAUCCAGCAGCACAACGCUGAUAUUCUGUGUCUUCAGGAAGUCCAGGAGGACCACUAUGAAAACCAGAUCAAACCAGCUCUACAGGCGCUAGGUUAUCAGUGUGAGUACAAGAAGCGAACAGGAAGGAAACCCGACGGCUGUGCAAUCGUCUUUAAAUCCUCCCGUCUGUCACUCCUUUCCUCCAAUCCCGUUGAGUUUUUCCGCCCCGGCGACGCCCUCCUCGAUCGAGACAACGUGGGAUUGGUUGUGUUGCUGCGACCUAACGACACCAUCGGCCAUCCGCAUCCCUCCGCCUUCAUCUGCGUCGCCAACACUCACCUCCUCUACAACCCCCGCCGUGGCGACAUCAAACUGGCUCAGCUGGCGAUCCUAUUGGCCGAGAUCAGCAGGCUGUCCCGCCUCCCAGACGGGUCGAGCAGUCCGGUUGUGCUGUGUGGGGAUUUUAACUCAACGCCCUGGAGUCCACUGUACAACUUUCUGACUACAGGCUGCCUGGACUACAGAGGACUGCAGAUCGGCAUGGUAUCUGGUCAGGAAAGCCCUUCCAGAGGUCAGCGCCUCCUCGCGUGUCCCAUCUGGCCUCACAGUCUGGGAAUCGACCACCACUGUCGGUACAACCCGGCGGCUGAGCGGUCGCCCGGCAGCCCCACAGCAGUGACAGGAGCCAUCGAUAGCCUCACUGUGGAAGACCUCGCCAGCAAAGCUGCCGCUGCUUUCGCCAGAGCGAGGAUCGAGCACGGCCUGAAGCUGCAGUCGUCCUAUCAGCACCGUCUGAUGCCUGAUGGACGACCUGAGAUCACCACCUGUCACUCUCGCACGGCCAUCACUGUGGACUACAUCCUGUACACCCCCGACUCCAUCACACCUCCUUCACUUCCUGGUGGGCGGGGCCUCCAUCUGCUGGGCAGGCUGUCGCUGCUCGGCCAGUCAGAGCUGGAGGAAGUCAACGGCCUCCCCAAUCAGUACCACUCGUCUGACCACCUCCCUCUUCUCGCGCGCUUCCGCUUCCGGCGCUGACGUGGCGUCAGCCAAUCGGAGCGGCUCCCGGGCUCGCCUGCAGACGGCGAAGCUCAGGGAAGACGGCAGCGUUUAGGGUGUUGACUGAACACAAAAAUGGUGACAAUUAAGUUCAAGAGGGCACACGUGCCACAGUUUUUCCUCAAACUCUUUGCUGGCUGGAGAAAACGCCGACGUCCGAUUCUGAAGCCGAUCGCUCGUGUGCUGUAAUGUCCCAGCUGCACUUACUUUGUGAGGGCAACAUGACGUGACUGCAGCAGAAUCCAGUGGUGUUAAAGCUGCAAAU